GACUGGCAAGAGAAGGAGUGUAAAGGACUUAAGAGAAAACAUCCCGAACUCUGACUGACCAAAACGAGGAAAGAAGCUACUUAGAGAAAUCACUUUUACAACAUCUUUACGUCUAUUGACGAUUCGGAAGCGUCACGGUGGGACUUUGGAUACUAAAGGAUACUAACACCGUUUCUCUCCGGGUUUGUUUUCACUGCAGUGAAGCAGUUUCAUCCACCCCCAAGUCUAUGAUUUGAGAGGGAAGCUAUGCAGGUCCCUGACCAGCAACACGGCAGGGCUUUUUGCACCCUGGCUUGAUAAAUUGCAUAGUUCAUCAGUGAGUGAUUGCGCAUUUCGUUCAACGCAGUGGACCUUGGAACGUUUAAUUUCCGCUAACUUGUCGAUUUGAUCAUUUGACCGUUUCUAAAUUUUGUCUAUUUUGAGCACCCAGUUGACGCCAUUUUACUGUUUUAACGCCGUUUUGAAGCCGCGUCCAGUUUGACAGAUUGCAUAAGGCUAUGUCAUUUUAAGUGGAAAUGAUAUAAUAGCUUCCUGACUGGAUGGAUUUAAAAUGAUACAUUGAAACUACCAACCGAACGCCUUGCUUGAACACAACGAUCGGACAUGGUUUCAUCUUGGAAAAUCUGUAUCCUUGUGAGAUUCAUCAGAUUCAGAGAGCAAUAACACCCAACGGACUCCGCCAUCGCCACUAUCGGAGAGGGUAGCCAGAGUAAGCAGGUGGGGCACCUGUUUUCCUGAGUUCGCUCCUGGUGUCCGAUUCCCAAAAACACACGUUGGGGGUCAGCAAUGGAGCAGAGGGAACUGUCCCGGGCAUCCCGACCAAAAGCGGGCAGUGAGGCCGAGUUCUUCCCGUCCGGGAGCACCAUCAACCGGGCGACCCUGGCAGAGCUCACCGGCGGCAGCAGCCUGCUUCCCAGCCAGGCGAAGGGGCUCCUGCUGCCCGGGGAGCGAGGGGCAGCAGAGCACGAGGAGGACGAGGAUCUGGGGUUGGGCCGGGACGUGGACGCCAGCUCGAACGCCGACAGUGAGAAGUGGACACAGCCAGACGGCAUGGAGGAGCAGGAGUUCUCCAUCAAAGAGGCCAGCUUCUCCGAGGGCAGCCUCAAGCUGAAGAUCCAGACCACCAAGCGCGCCAAGAAGCCCCCCAAGAACCUGGAGAACUAUAUCUGCCCGCCGGAGAUCCGCAUCACCAUCAAGCAGCCAGGGGAACACAAGACAGCCAAGCACGGAAAGAGCAGCAAGGCAGCCAAGGAGGAAGACAAAGUACCCCCAAAAAAGAAGACAUAUGAAAGGCUAUUCAAACACGCCGAUCAAAGUGACAAAGAGAUGCUUGAUGUCCUUGGAGAGUCCAUGAAACCAAAGCAUGAGCGGAAAAACAAUGACAUGCACCAAGUGGACUGGACAAAACCACCAGCACCAGAGGCAUUAUCUCAUGGAAACAUAAUAGAGUCAAAAACAGAAUUCACAUGCAAUAGCAAGAGCCCGCAGUCCGAAUCGAACAUCACCCUCUCGAGCAAGAUGCAAGCAAAAAAGGUUGCAGAGGGUUCGCCUUUAUCCUAUUGCGGCACUGGAAUGUCUUUCCAGUUUGCAGAUCCACAGAUAUCAUCAACAGAAAGCGCAUCAAUGGCCACGGCCUCAGACUCGAAUAUUUUGUUGCAUUCCUCUUUGAGCAAAGAAAGGGGCUUACAAGGUGUCACAGAGCAGGUGUUUGGAAAUAUCAAGAGGAAGUAUGGUAGAAAAGACUCAAUGAGAACCCUGGGUGGUAGCCACAGUUCAGAUCUGCUGUGGUCUAAGAAGGUUGAGAAGGGCACAGAAUUUCCUGGUCAAGACAAUGUUAAAGAGAGGCACUUGUGUGGACUUGAGAAAGCUGAGACGCAGAGUGUCGAAGCAGAUAGUGGGAGUAAGAAGAUGGAGGAUGAGACCAAGAUGUUGCAUAGCUCUGUCCCUCAGCUCAUGGACGAAUCAAAAGGCAGGAAGCGGAAGAAUCGCAGAGUUCAAGAGGAUGAGAUCUCUUUGGAUGAUGCGCCAAUGAUGCAGAUUCCUGACAGGAACAGUAAACCUGAUCAAGUCAGCCAGGAAUCAAAGGAAUUGUUUAAAGAAAAACAAAUGGAGAGGAGUCCUGUCAGGCCAGAGACAGAUACGGCAGUAAGUGUUUGUAAUAUGGACAGCAGUCCGAGUAGGCAGAGAAGAAACCCAGUUGGCAGACCAAGAGCAAUGCUUGAUUCAAGCAAACAAACUGACAGACGGCAGUCCAAAGUGAAGGACAGGUGGUCAUAUUUAAAUAGCCCAAGUCCUCAGAAAGAAAUGUGUCCUAUUUUGUCCAUUGAAGAUCCCCCCUCAGCCUACCCCAUUACACCAGCAAGCCCCCUCUACACCAACACAGACAGUUUGACCGUCAUCACCCCCGUGAAGAGGAAGCGGGGCCGGCCCAAGAAACAACCACUGCUUACUGUUGAGACCAUUCAUGAAGGAACUGCUACAAGUCCAGUAAGUCCAAUUACCCAGGACACACUGGGUGCAAAGAAAAGAAAGAGGACCCAUGAUUUGUCAGAUUUAGUGAAACUGGCCUUAAACAACCCCUCUCCUCCCCAUCAAUUGAAACUCAACAAAACCAGUCACCUUGGUGUCUUUAAAAAGAAGUCAGUCAAAAAGAUGAAAUUAGUUAAGAUGCAAAGCAUACUAAAUGAACUUUUGUCAGGCGCUAGCACUAGCAAUCUUGCCCUUAAGUCUAAUGCUCCUGCUUCAAGUGCCGUGUCAACAAUGGCAUCGACAAUCGAGGCUCGUCUUGGCAAACAAAUCAAUGUGAGUAAGCGAGGAACUAUUUAUAUUGGCAAGAAAAGGGGAAGAAAGCCCAGAGUUGAUUUACAGGCUCAGCAAGAUGAGCACAAAGAUAAGCACUCUAUGCCUGUUUCUAGCCAGUUUGAGAACCUUGUAGUGCCUUCUAAUCCAUCGACAGCAACCGGGAUGCCUUCUCCAAGGGUCAUGCUGCCACUGUCUCCAGGAGCAGGUGGGAUGAUGUAUCCUGCCAUCCACGAAUCCAACCAGCAAGACCUGAAGACCAUGCCAAAUCUACAGCCUAUCAGUGCUUUGCCUACAAAAGCCCCCAGAGGAUUGCUAAGCAGUAACUGGAAGCUUUCUCCCCCAAGACUUAUGGCAAACUCGCCGUCACACCUUUCAGAGGUGGCGUCAAUCAAAGAAGUCACCUUGUCCCCCAUCAGCGAGUCCCACAGUGAAGAGACAAUCCCAAGCGACAGUGGCAUUGGCACUGACAACAACAGCACAUCAGAUCAAGCUGAGAAAGGGCCAGCAUCUCGCAGGAGGUAUUCUUUUGACUUUUGCAGCUUUGAAGCUGCAGAAGGAGUUGCACUUGACGCUUCUGGCAAAGUGACGGGAGGGCACUACCCGAAACGUAUAUCAGCGGCCGCUGUGGAGAAAUUUCUCGCACAGGAAAGCAUGAAGAAACAGAAGCACCGACGAAAGCGCAAGGGCCUUCAGAGAGGGGAUGACCUGCAGUUCCUGGCCAGCCUGGAGGAGCUGAUCAACAAGUUCCAGGUCUUCAGAAUUUCCCACCGCAGCUACAAUUUUUAUCGAGAAAAUUCCUAUCCCAGCAUCUUUCGAGUCAACUUUGACCACUAUUAUCCUAUGCCAUACCUUCCUUACGAUCCUGUGCACUAUCUUCGCAGAAAUUCAGAGAAAUCAAAGAAGCGGCGCGGCAGACCAGCCAAAUCCAAUGAGCCAAUGAUGCGGAUGCCUUUCAUUCAAGGGUUUGGCUACCCAAUGCCUGGUGGCAAUUACUAUGCACCAUACGCAAUGCCUUACACAUCCAUGCCUCUUGCUACUAGUAUGAUGAAUAUGGGCUAUUAUGGCCAAUAUGCCCCUCCAUUUUAUUUACCUCAUGGAUUGGGGGCAGCAGCAUCCCCUUUCAUGAGGCCACAGAUCCCUCCCCCCAAGUUUCAUUCUGGUACUUACCCCAAACUUGCGACUGUAACCAGGCAUAGAGCAAAAAGCAUGCCCCACACCGUGUCCUCAAAGGGAAUGGGCGACACGCAGCCUGCAUAUGUGUCUCUCAAAGGUGGAAACAGCAGCUUGGCAAGUGUCUGUCUCCACAAACGCAAACACAAGCACAAACACAAACACAAGGAUGACCAGUACGCUGUCUCAGAAACGGACGACCUGGGCGGACUGUUCAGCGGAACCAACAAUCCCGCCUUUCGUAACCUCCUGAACGAGAGGAUGGAAAAGGACUCAUCUUUGGCCAAGCUGAAGGAGAAACAAAGGAGCCAGCAAAACAUAGACACCCUGACAAGAAAACCCAGGAACUUUUUCGAGGUGGACCCGCUCUCAACGCUAUCCUUGUCCGAUGCACAGCACUGCAAGCGUGUCCGAGGAGGGGAAACGGCCGACAGCUUCCGCAACAUGUGUGGCCGGCAGCCGCUCGAGUGCUCCCGGGUCAGUCAGGACAGGUCACUGGACCUGUUCGCACAGCAGCGCGGCUGUGAUGACGCGGCAGGCUUGCGGAGCCAGAGGCACAGCCUUCCUGGCUACAGGACCUACAGAGAGGGAAGCUCAGUGUCAUUCCAGAAUCCACGACAGGAGGGGACCAAGCAGCUGUUCCAUGGGUCGAAUCCUGCAUUAGUAGAACCCAGUUCUUCGAUGAAAAGAAGGUACAAGCGCAAAGAGAUUGAGGAGAUCCAAUGCGAAGUGCGGAAGAUGCGUGCCUUCUCCAAGAUCCUGAACACCAAGAAGAACCUAGAUCACGUCAACAAGAUCCUGAAGGUCAAGAGACUGCAGAGACAGGCCAAGACAGGGAACAACAUUGUCAAGCGACGCAGGGGGAGGCCCAGGAAACAGCCUCUGCCCCAGGAAGAGGAGGAUGACGACGAUGAUGAUGAUGAGGACGAGGAGGAGGAGGAUGAGGAAGAGGAGGAGCCAGUGGCUCAGAUGCCAGUACUGGAGAAGUGUGUGGACCUGCCAGGGAAGAGGAGCUCACUGCACGGCAGCCUGCCCGAGCCCCUGGAGUUCUCCAACCAUGACUCCAUCAUGGAUGCCAUCGAGUCGGUGGUGCACAGGGCGCGGCUGCAGUCCAAGGCUCAGUCGGUGCCACCACCAACUGUGGGCUCAGGCAGGCAUUGGCCACAGGCGGUGGACGAGGCCUGCGCCGCCGAGCGCCCAAGGAGGUGCCGCGGGGGCAACAAGAAGGAAGAUGCACUCCCAGCCUUUCAUUAACCAGUCACAGAGCAGUGCAAGUGGACACUUUCUUAUUUUUUGAGUCGGCGUUGCACUUUUUUGCCUUGUUUUUCUUUUUGUCUUUCACUUGUUUUUUUUUAUAUCUUUUUUCUUACACAUAUGGGCAUUCUUCUUGGCAGAAUCCAGAUAAAGAAUGUGGUCAAAUGUGCAGUGCUUUCAUUUUUAUACCGUGACUUAGCUGGACUUAGCUGGACUUAGCUGUAGAUUCCCUGAGUCUCCCAGAGACCAGGCUGUGUUGGACUACUACCCUCCAAAGCCCCACUUCAAACUAUAAUAAUAAAACUUUAAAAGGUUUUAUAUCUGUGGUUCUAGCCAUAAACCAGCUAGUGUAGAUAAUAGCUUUUUUUCCACCAGUACUGUGCAGCUUUCUCCCCCCCUCCCCUCACCUCGUUGUUUUGUACGUCAUCCAAGUUAAAGCACAGUAGAUUCUCAGUGUACUCAGUGUAGAGUGAUCAAUAAUAACCCCAUCCUCCUCCGACUCCUCCUCCCAAGCAAACUCAAGCUAUUGGGGGGUCGCCCUGAGCUUAAACACAUGGCAGUAGUUUUUUUCCAGUGCUGGGCUAGUUGUACAUAAGAUACAGUAUACUGAACUGAAGAUGUAGAAACCCAUCCGCAAAAGAUCUCAUUUCAGGAUGUGAUUACACGUUAUAUGCCGUGCCGUAGUCAGAAUGGUCGUAGUCAGUAUUGUUUCUUUGAAAAUCAAUAUUGUUUUUCACCAAAAAAGUUUUUUUUUUUCUGAAUGACCCAUAAUUUCACAAGCAUGAUUAAGUGAGUGCAUCACUGGCUAUUCUGCUUGUGAACAUGGAACAGUAUUUACAUAACUGCUUACAGUUAUAUAUAAUAUAUAGCACUUCAUACUGUCAUACAUCUUUUCUGUAUUUCUGUUUUCACCAUUGUGGCUGAAAUAUUAGACCAAUAAAUAGUAUGCAAUAAAUAGUUUGAAAAACAGCAUUUAAUAAUGGAAAAAUAGUCCCAUUUGUGGCUAAAAUGUGGCACAAACAGUGUGUUAAAUAUUUAAAUGAAAUCACUUUCUAAAAGGAGUAGGUGUUGAUGUGUGCUGAACUGCUAUAGAUCAGCUUCGGAGAACAUGCCUGUCCUGAGCACGGUCAUUAGAUGGUUGUGCAGAUUUUUUGAAAAACAAACCCUGAAACCUUCCAUUUGAAAUUUUUAAAAAGUUGACGAAACCAAAGUUUCUUACAAUCCAGAGGUUUCUGUAUCCUUGAAUGUUCUACAAUGUAAUCUGUUGGCACGGAUUUUGACCAGACACAUGAUUGUCAAUAGAAGACAUGUAUUAGGCAGAGUACAGAGUUCUGUGAAACCACUUUGAUGCUUGUCUCACUCAAGUCGUACUUGUGUGUAGAUUGAGUCAAUUUUAAAGAACCUUAACGACCCACAGAGAUUAACAAUCAUCAGCAGAGAAACCAGAACCUCAUUUGCGUCCAUUCAAAAGGCUUUUUUAUCUGCGAUUGAUUUCUCAGUAGUCUCACACGUGCCUUAAGUUUGUUUAUCAAUUCAUUACAUUUGAUUUGCAGGGAAAUGCAGGAAUCAAUGCGAUUACCGUGUUAAAUCAUGAAUGUCCAUACUUAACAUACAUGUAUCCAUUGCUCAGAACACACUUAAAGCAUUCACUGUCUAGCUGACAAGUGCUACAUCGCAGCUGAAGAGAUAAAAUAUUAGCUAGCGAGCUAAUGCUUUGAGGCUACCGUGGGCGUGUUAUCAGUACUCUGGUGUGUAUAGAGGUUCUCUCGUAUCAUCAUCAUCCAGAGUACCCAACACAGACAGUAGAUCCAGAGAGGGAAGCACUCCAUCAGUGACAUUUUUUCUAUGCAUCAGGUUUUACCUGUGAAUCUGCUGACAUGUAGGCCUAGUGACUUUCAAAGACUAACCGUUAUGAUAAGCUCUUUUUGGUUUGGUUGUUUUGAGCCGCCCUUUAUUGAUAAUGAAGUGGUCUUUUUUGAAAAUAAAUGAAUAUAAUCAACUAUAGUGAAGAAUAUCAGUAAUCUGUAAAAGUGUGCAAAAAGUGACUAUCAUUUCAUUGCAAUUAUUGUCACUGCAUGUGACAGAGAACUGUCUUAACAGCAGUUGAGCCUUAAUCUAAAGUUAUAUUCAGCUAAAUCUCCACUGUAAAUAGUGUAACUACUGUAGGUUAGGUCCAUUUGCAUGGAAGUAAACUGUGUUUUGACACAUGUGGGACUAGUUUCAUGUGAACACGUCCGGCAUAGACUGAAGCAGUAGUCUACAUGCAUAAAAUUUUCAUUUUGCUACAAGCUCAGCCAUUAAGUCUGAUGAUGGCUUCUGUUGUGUCAGAGCCAAGAAAAAUAAUUUGCAUUGGCUGGCAGCUAUCCCCCUCCCCCUGGCCAGUGGGACCAAGAUGUAGGCUGUAGGAUGUCUCAAUUUUGGACUGGCUCAGAAACCCAUCAGGAGACAUCGCCAAAUAUAAAGAAGUCCAUUUAUCAGUAUUUAAUGCUAGGCCAUCCAAAGCUGAUCUAACAAACGUUGAAUCUGAAUGUGCUUUCUUUUUUUAUUUCAUCUACCAAAACAUAACAUUUUUUUUUUAUUUAGCAUCGACUAGGAUGUGUUCUAUAGGGAGGUUUUAGCAGCAAGGCAUGGCAGCUCAAAAAUUCAUUUUAAUAUUUAAAACUCUGUGUAUUUCUUCACCAGCAUAAAAUGGUGCCUUCUGAAGUUGAGGUGUUUUCUUUCUAUAUUUACUGGUUCUCUAAUCAAGAGACAUAGACCGAUCCUGUUAUUUGAAAGCCUCUCUGUAUUUACUCUAGACAGAUGUACUAUUGCCCAAAGUUACACUUGGAAGCAAACGUUUGGUGUAAUCCAAUUAUAUUGUGAAGCCUCUAGGCACUACUUGGUUCCAGAAGUAUUUGGAAACUAUUUGGCUUGGUUGUGGCUUCCUAGUGUUACAGUUGGGCAUGAACAUUCGAGAAGAAACGUCUUUAGCUUAUAAAAAUGUAGUAAUAUGUAUCAUGCAUUUUGAAGCUAUAUUGAUAUUUAAAAACUGUGCAACAUCAGUAUUGCGUAAAAAGUAAGUGUCUUUGCAAGAGCACAUAGCUAUGUUUGUAUAUUCUAAUUAGAAGACAUUGUGUAUUUCAUAUUUUUAGUGUUUUUUUUUUUCUGUAUAUGCAUGCCCCAUUUGAUUGUAUGCAUAAAUAUUUUAGAUGAACGAAAAAUUGAAUUUCAAUCAAAUUUGGAGAACUUGUACAAUGUUUGAUAUGUUUCUUUUUUAAUGGAUUUUUAAUUCUCAAAGCAUUUUUUAUAUUGUAUUAUUAUAACAAACUGCAAAUAUUGGACAUAUAAAAUGAACAAAUACAGAGGUACACAUGCAUAUACAUAUAUUGUAUAUAGAAUGUAUGUAUACACAUGCAUAUUUGGUGUGUAAGUGUACACACACAUAUAUGUUCAUAAAUACUUAUACUGUAUAUAGGUAUAUACGUGUACUGUAUGCUGGCAUGUUUGGUCAUGUUUGUUGAUCAUGAUUUAGUAGUUUUAUUUUUUUAUUUCUCUUUUCUCCUACAGAAAAGCUUGUCCUUUUUUCUGCUGACAUCCUUGGCCAGCAGCAUCAAGCACUUAAAGUUGAUUUCUGUUCAUGUCAUUUGUGGAAAAAUAAUAAAUGACUUUAUCGAAGGCAGAACAUU